CCUUUGCUACCGUUUUUCGUCUCAAUAUUAUAUUGUGAAAGUGAAAGAUACAUAGGAAGUACUCAAAUACUUCAAUUGAACCUUAAAUCUAUUUCAUCAUUGCGAUUGUACUUGUUUGGAUUAGCUAAAGUGCUGUUGACUUGUAUUUAAAUUUGGACGAGGCUAGGUAUACCACAAAAUGCAAAUCUUUGCUAUAUUUUAUUGGUUCUGUUUGGUGAUUCUGGCGAAACAAUAUCUUUUCAAAUCGUGUGAAGAAAAUGGCUUUUGCAAGAGAAACAUAGAUUAUUGCCGCAAUAAACUCCAAACAAAAAUUAGCAACUAUUUUAUUGAAGAUGCGAUUGAGGUUGGUUCUGAAUAUGCUGUAAUCUCAGGAUUAUUGACGAAGAAGCUUCCAAAUUCUGAUGUCAAGCUCCCAUUCCAAUUAUCUUUUCUUGAGAAUGAUAAUAUCAGAUUCACCCUUGAUGAGAAUAGAAAUGUUGAUUUGAAUAUCAAUGCUAAUCGAUUCAAAGCUUCAGAACAUGUAUUACCUCAUGAACUCCGACUUAAAGACUCGACCUCCAUCACAAUUCAUGAUGGGGCUGAAAAGAUAUUGUUGCUUUACAAAGACUUCAAGAUCGAGGUGUUUGUAAAUGAAACUCUCCAAAUGACCAUUAACGAAGACAAAUUCUUGAAUUUGGAGCAUUUCAGAAAUGAGUCUGAUAAUCAACAACAACUUUUGCCAGAGGAAAGUGACUUCAAUAUGUUCAGAGAUAAUUUCAAAGACUCCACGAGUGAUAAACUCCCGUUGGGACCAGAAUCUAUUGGGUUAGACUUCAACUUUGUUGACUUUCAUAACGCAUAUGGGAUCCCAGAGCAUUCUAAAGGUUUAAAGUUGGAAGAGGAAAUAUACCGUUUGUACAACGUCGACAUAUUUGAGUAUGAAGUAGACUCUAAUUUGCCAAUGUAUGGCUCUAUUCCAUUCUUAUUGGUAUCUAAACCCAGAUUGUCCAUGGGUUUAUUUUGGAUCAAUAGUGCUGACACCUAUAUAAAUCUUUCCAAGCCUAAGUCUGGUGCUAAGACUCAUUGGAUGAGUGAAAAUGGUGUGCUAGACUUCAUUAUAUUUUUUGGGGAAUCUCCUGCAGAAGUGAAUAAGAAAUAUGGAGAAAUCACUGGUUUUCCCACAUUACCACAACUUUUUGCCCUUGGAUAUCACCAGUGCAGGUGGAAUUACAACGAUCAGAAAGACCUUUUGGAAAUUAACUCGUUAUUUGAUGAGCAUCAAAUCCCUUAUGAUUCGAUAUGGUUGGAUAUAGAGUACACUGACAAUAAACAGUACUUCACAUGGAAUUCUAAUUUUCCCGAUCCUAGUGGAAUGUUGGAUGAGUUGGAUUUGACAGGAAGAAACUUGAUCAUCAUCAUUGAUCCUCAUAUCAAGAAGGGAUCAAAAGUGUCAAAUCAUCUCCAGAAAAAUGGAUUGACAUUGAUGAAUUCUGAAAACGAUACUUUUUAUGGGCAUUGUUGGCCGGGCGAGUCUCUUUGGGUAGACUCUUUCAACCCUGGUUCUCAGGAAUAUUGGGAUGAGCUUCAUCGGUUGAGUCCCGAGAAUAAGGUGUUUUUCGACAAUACAAACAUUCAUCUUUGGAAUGACAUGAACGAAAUCUCUGUUUUUGAUGGUCCAGAAACUUCAAGUCCACGGGAUAAUUUGCAAUAUGGAGGGUAUGAAGAACGAUCUCUUCAUAAUUUAAAUGGAAGAAAAUUUCAUGAUAUGACUUACAGUUCUCUAUCCAAACGUCUCGAGCUGACCCAAAGACAGAGACCUUUCGUAUUGACAAGAUCGUUUUUUGCUGGACUGCAAAAGUCCGCAGCCAUGUGGACGGGUGAUAAUAUGUCAAAGUGGGAAUACCUUAAGCUUUCAAUUCCUAUGCUUCUCAAUAAUGGAGUUGCUGGUAUGCCAUUUGGUGGUGCUGAUGUAGGAGGAUUCUUUGGUAAUCCUUCCAAAGACUUGUUAACCAGAUGGUAUCAGACUGGUAUAUGGUACCCUUUCUUCAGAGGGCAUGCCCAUAUAGACUCUAGAAGAAGAGAACCUUGGGUCCCAGGAGAACCAUACACGUCGAUCAUAAGAGAUGCUAUUAAUUUGAGAUAUACUUUGCUACCAGAAUUCUAUAAUGCUUUCCGGGAAUCAAGUAUCAGUGGUAUGCCUAUUUUAAAGCCUUUAUUCUAUGAAAGUCAAAAGUUUUCAAAGAACUAUGAUAUAGAGGAUGAAUUUUUCCUCGGGAAUUCGGGUAUUCUUGUGAAACCAGUCACUGAAGAAACAACCAAAGAAGUCACGAUAGUGUUUCCAGACUCGGAGAUUUAUUAUGAUUUCACUAACGGCAAAAUCAGUUCUCGUUACCAUACUCAACUGGUCAAAGUUCCUGUGACCUUAUCAGAUAUUCCUAUGGUUAUCAAAGGAGGGUCGAUAAUUUCUCGUAAAAUGAGAUAUAGAAGAUCAAGCAAGUUGAUGAAUCAUGAUCCAUAUACCUUAGUGGUUGCACCAAGCAGUACAAAUUCAGCUUCUGGGUCAUUGUAUGUGGAUGACUAUGAAUCAUUCGACUACAAAAAUGGACUGUUCUUGGUUGCAAAUUUUGAGCUCAAAAAUGGCAAAUUGACUAACAAAGUCACUGGGACUUUCAACGCUCCUCGCAGGAUUGAAAAGAUCCUAAUCUUAAAUACUCAUGCCACAAAAGUUGAGCAUGAUGGAGCUAGUUUACGUUUCAAGAGUAUUGACGGAAACUUGGAAAUCCAAAAUCCUGGUUUGCACAUCAAUGAAGAUUGGAAUAUUGUCAUAAAGAAAGACUUAGUCCAUGAUGAGUUGUGAUCACAAGAAAGCACUUCUAGCCUGGGUGGCUACCAUUGCAAGUCGGAACCAGUCCAGCUUACCCCCACAUAUCUUACAAUGCACGUAUUUAGGUAGUAUUUCGUCUGAAAGACACCGUAGAUGAUACACAUUUUGGCACACACAUAAAGUAAUGGCUGGUAAUGGUAAAGAAUUUUGUUCGUGUUCUGGCAUCAUAUCUAUGGAUCCACCACAACCAGUACAGUGGGUAAUUUGCAUUAGCUUAUUCUGAAGAUUCUCACAUGCAUCCUUCACCAUGUGAAAAUCCCCCACUUCGAGUUCCCCUACGAACUCAUCGUAGCCUUUGUCCCAAAAUCGCAUGUUCUCAUACUCUAUAGAAUGCUUAUUUGCGUUCCAAACAUCUAAGAUAUGAAAACUGAAGAUAUUGACGCAAAGACCGAGGUGACCAAAGUAUCUGCUUGAAACUAGGAGUCUGAUGUUGGCUAGCUUGAGAUGGACCGAUCUGCCUCCAGAUUUGGAUCGAGAAACACGCUUAUUGUCUGGGAUAUGGCGAGUGCUAUGAGGAUGUUGGAGGGCAUGUUCAAACUGUAAGGCUGAAAUUUUGGACAGGAAGCCUGUGAUUAUGGCGGCAAAAUGCCAUGGUCGAAAUCCGUCCUUGCGAGUUCUAUAAGCGCCACUUUGGAGUUCACCAUUAUGUUGGCGAAGGCGACGACACGGAUUAGGCGUGGAACCAAUGUAAAACAGCUGUAACCGUGGACCUGACUGAAGAAGAUAGACCGUGUAAAAUGGUAUCACAUGUACCGUUUUAUUGGAUUGUGAUAGCUGUGAUAAAUGCCUUUCAUCCUGUGACAUGAGCGAAAUGAGUGGUAAACAAGUUGCAAAUUGAGCAGUGCGAAAUGCUCGAUCGCAAAAAGACUGAAAUUUUCUUUACCAAAUUCUUAAAUAUCCCUAACUCGGAAUUGAUAGUUCAGUACAUAUUUU